AUGAUAAUAGCGAUAGAGUCGCGAUCGUUCUUCUUUUUUUCUUUCUUUCUUUCUUUCUUCCAUUUGUCUAUUUUGUCGUUCUUGAUUUCUUUUGUUUUUCUUUUAUUCUUUUUGGAUGACGAACGUCUGUUUCUUUUGCUUUUUGUCAUUUUUACAUUCAUCUUUCUUUUUCUUUUUUUUUUAUUAUGUUCUCCUUUCUUUUUGAUUACCUUUUGGAUGACUUUUCUUUCUUUUGUUUUAAUCUUUCUUUCUUUCUCUCUUUUGUUAUUUUCUUUUGUUCGACUGCCUUUUUUCUUUCUUUCUUUCUUUUUGAUUAUCUGUUUCGAUUACGAACUUUUCUUUCUCCCAUAUUCAUUUUUAUUAGUUUUGUAUUCUUUCUUUCUUUCUUUUAUUGGUGCUUUCUUUUUUCUUUCUUACUACGCUUUCUUUCAUUUAAAUCUUUUUAUUAGUACUUUCCAUUUUCUUUUCUUUCUUUUUCGUCUUUUGUUUGUACCUUUAUUUUCCUCUAUUUUUUUCUUUGAUCUUUCUCCUUUUCUUUUUAUUUCACCAUUUCUUCUUCUUUUUUCUUUUUUCGUCGUUUUCUUUCUGCAUUCUUUCUUUUAUUAUCUUUCUCUUCCUUCUGUUUUCUUUCUUUCUUUUCUACGCAGCUUAGGGCAUUUGGUUCACGCACCUAAAAUCCACAGGAAAUCUCAACUCUUAGAUGCUUUCAAUACGUUGUAUUAG